UAAUUAACCUGAAUUUCAGUAAUGUCUUGCUCAAAUAUAAAUAAGUAGAAGGCAGAGUGGGGAGAUAAACAGGUAUUGGUGUGUGUGAGUCUCAUCUCAUUUCUUUCAAUGGCGACUCAAGGUCAAGUCAUCACCUGCAAAGCUGCGGUGGCCUGGGAACCCAACAAGCCCUUGACUAUUGAAGAUGUUCAGGUGGCUCCGCCUCAGCCCGGCGAGGUUCGAGUUCAAAUCCUCUACACCGCUCUCUGUCACACCGAUGCCUACACUUGGAGUGGCAAGGAUCCGGAAGGUCUUUUCCCCUGUAUUCUCGGCCAUGAAGCUGCUGGGAUUGUGGAGAGUGUUGGAGAAGGUGUUACUCAUGUUAAGCCUGGGGAUCAUGUCAUUCCCUGUUACCAGGCUGAGUGUGGGGAGUGUAAGACUUGCAAAUCAGGGAAGACCAACCUUUGCGGCAAGGUUCGCUCUGCCACUGGAGUUGGGGUCAUGCUCAGUGAUGGCAAGAGUCGGUUCUCGAUUAAUGGAAAGACCAUUUAUCAUUUCAUGGGAACCUCCACUUUUAGUCAGUACACUGUUGUCCAUGAUGUUAGUGUAGCUAAGAUUAACCCCUUAGCUCCUCUGGACAAAGUUUGUCUUCUCGGAUGUGGUGUUUCAACUGGCCUUGGAGCUGUCUGGAACACUGCAAAGGUUGAACCAGGGUCAAUUGUUGCUAUAUUUGGCCUUGGGACUGUUGGGCUUGCUGUUGCAGAGGGUGCAAAAACUGCUGGUGCAUCCCGGAUUAUUGGCAUAGAUAUUGACAGCAAGAAGUUUGAUACAGCGAAGAACUUUGGAGUAACCGAGUUUAUAAAUCCAAAUGAACAUGAUAAACCGAUUCAGCAGGUCAUAGUUGAUCGUACAGAUGGUGGAGUUGAUUACAGCUUUGAGUGUAUUGGAAAUGUUUCUGUGAUGAGAUCUGCUUUGGAAUGCUGCCACAAGGGCUGGGGGACAUCAGUUAUCGUGGGUGUUGCAGCAUCAGGUCAAGAAAUAUCAACCCGACCUUUCCAGUUGGUGACUGGACGUGUCUGGAAAGGAACUGCUUUCGGUGGCUUCAAGAGCAGGUCGCAGGUGCCUUGGCUCGUAGAAAAGUACCUGAAGAAGGAAAUCAAGGUUGAUGAAUACGUUACCCAUACUUUGACUCUCUCUGAGAUCAACAAGGCAUUUGAUCUUUUGCAUGAAGGGGGGUGCCUUCGUUGCGUGCUUUCAACACAAGAAUGAGGUGAUAUAUGCCAGCAGGGCUAGUUUUUGUGAGAAAUGGAUGUGUUGGGUUGCAUUUCCUUCUUGUUGUGGUUGUCGUUUAAAUUUGAAAUAAAUCUGGAGUGGUUAUAGCUUGUGAGAAAGAUCAUGUUGGUCAAAUUUGUGGUGAGAAGGGCUUUACAGUGAACAAUUGAUCAUCCUUUUUGAGUUAUGGCUAUGGUAUUAUCCUAUUUUACCUAAGAAUCAUCUCUGAUUUA